AUGCCGCGUCUGAAGAAGUUCAUUGAAGCUAUGAUUCAAUUUGGUUUGACCAUUGAGGUCUUCGUUAAUGCGAACGACUUCGUUUGUUUUAUAUGGGGUCCAAUGAAGUUCCUGCUCGUCACCGCAAAGAAUCACCUUGACACUUUCGAUAAGCUGCUGGAUAUUUUCGAGCAACAUCCGACACUGAAAUUGGUUCUCCAAGAUUAUUAUUCGGACAUCUUGGAGUUCCACCAGGCGGCUCUCAGUGUUCUCAUCCGGCCUAGGAUGUUUCUCUACGCUAGAGUUGUCCUGGAAUAUCUCUACCGCCAGGUGAGCCUGGGAAAGCUGAAGAAGGCGAUCAGGCCCGACGUUUUCCCGGAGAAACUUGAAAAUGCAUACGAAAGAAUUGUCACCAGCAUCUUCGAGUCAGAACAUGAAUCCGAGAGGGAGGCUGCCAAAAAGACCAUUGCCCUCGUUGUUACCGCAAAACGAGACCUAAAAUGGCGAGAGAUUCAGUCAUUUUUCUGCAUUGACAGCGACGAGUGGAUCUUAGACUCCGAAGAGCGGUUGCAACUCACCGCCAAAGAACUUUGCGUUAAUAGCCUCCCAAGCGACGACACGGAACGAACGACGCUUCUAGACAUUGAGCAACGGACGUCCUGGAUUCGACAAAACAUUGAGAGCUUGAAUGAUCUCACAUUUGCGGAACAUGUGAUUUUAGAUGACCUCUAUGGCACUAUCCCAGUCUACAAGUGCCCCAAGCCCGUUUGCUCAAUGUUUUCCGAAGGUUUCGACACAACUCAUAAGAGAGCGCAACAUAUCAAUCGCCAUGACAGACGAUUUCUCUGCAAUUUUCAGUUCUGCUUUGGACAGGCCUUCGGUUAUGAUUCACAAGUCGGCCUCAAGGACCAUGUAAAGGACUAUCACGAAAACCCACCAGUAUUCUUACAAUUUCCACAGAAGGAGAGACGCAGUCGGCCGGAGUAUGACAAAGACAAUCUUCUUCAAGUAAUGAGAUUUGAAGACAUUGACCGUGUUAUAGAACUGCUUGAUGGAGGUGCUGACAUAAACGCUGUAGAUGGAGGGAAGAACGACUACCACACUCCUUUAUGGAGAGCCGUGGAUCGUAAAAACUACAAAUUGUGCGAACUGCUAAUAGAUAGAGGCGCAAACCUUGGCAAGCCGGCUUCAUACCAGCCAAAGCAGACGAAGACCACCAAGGCACACGAAAUGCCUCCGUUUACACCGCUGGCUCAUGCCUGUGCGAAGGGAAAUAUCAAAAUAGCCGACUUGAUUCUCCAGGCAUAUGCUAAGUCGAUUACUUUUGCUGACUCCGGUAUCCGAAUCGCUCUGAUGAAAGCGGUCGUGCAAGGUCACUUGGAAAUUGUGCAACUACUCACGAGUUUCUACGACUUUUCUCAAGAGAAAGACAUCGAAAAUGGACCGGAUGAUCCAUUAGUAGAGGCUUGUGAGCGGCACAAUCCCUCCAUGGUGGAGUUUCUUUCCCAAAACGGCUUCAAGUUCAAACGUGACGUUGACUACGUUGCGAAAUGUUUGCCGUCUCCAAUGCGCUUCUUGAAAAAUGCAAUGGAACGAUGGCAUAGGGUUGAGUUAACGCUCAAAGUUCUGCUCAAGACUGCCAAGCCCACCAUCACAUCAUUUACCGGGAUUUGGAGAGCAAUAGAUUAUCAGCGACCCUCAAUCGCCCUCCUGCUGUUGUCUUACCCGGAGACGAAUCUGGCCGCCGAUGGCUUGAGCAUUUUGAGACACAAAGCAGAGCAACAAGGUUACAACGAUAUUGUCAAGCUCACAGACAGACUCCUUGCCUAA